CAUACAUCGUACGUAGUACAUACAUACACAACAAAAGGCCCCUUCUUCGUAACCGUAAGUGAUUCUGUCAGAGGCUUGAGGAGGCGGAUCACCUCGCUCCCGAUCUCGCAUCCCCACCAUCCACUCAGUCAGUGAGUGGACCAUGAGUUAAAAAGAGCCCUGCCCGUUCCCCUGUCUCGACUACCCCUCCAGGAACAUGGUCGGGUCCGAGCCUGUGACUCUGAAGCACCGUCAAGACUUACUCUCCGCCUUAUUGGAGGCGGUCAAGGCGUGUCAAGUCCGCUUUGGCACCCAAGCCCGCAUGGAACUGGCCACCGAGGAACACGACGAGCAAGGCAUAGUGCGGAAACUCUGUCUGGCCUUAGAGCGCACCUUCCUGCACGGCUGGAAAGUCGUCGAGUCUGCCGGGAGCAGCGGGUCAAUGCUACCCGCGGCCUUGGCCGGUGGUCCUCAUGGCCAGGCCCAUCCAGCUUCCUCGGCCUCGUUCUGGCCUCUGCUCAAGGCCGUAUUGAGUCGCUCGGAAUUGGAGCGGUUCUACCUGCUCAAACACGUCAAUUCUGACCUGGGUCGAUGUCGGGCGUGGCUUCGAGCCUCGUUGAAUGAACAUUCCUUUGAGCGGGGGGUGCAGAACAUCCUGGCGGAUGGAUCCAAGUUAAAGACGUGGUAUGGACCGGGAGCCUUCAUUUUGGACCCGGAACGAGCCGCCAUGUUGCCUCAAAUGGCGGCGGGACUGAGUUCCAUCCUGUUCGCCAUGAACAUCGAUCAUGAUCGCUUGAAUGCGGCCUUGCCUCUGGCAGGCAGUGGCUCGACAUCACAUUCCGAAUUACUGGCCACCACGGCAGCUAAAGACGACCAUUCAGGGCCGCAAUCCAAGGCCAGGAGAAAGAAGAAGAAGGCGGCGGCCCAGAUUGUGUCCUUUGACGAGGAUGUGAUCCGCACUCAGAGUUUGCACACCUCGGACAGCCGAAAGCCCGGGACGAGCGUGAAGCCCCGGAAAACGUGGGACGAAUCGCCCAGUCGGUUGAGUUACGACUCAAUACGAUUGGUGGGCACGCCAGAAGUGAAUGGGUCGGCGGAUGACGGCUCCACCGAGGACGAGAUCCAGGUCUAUCGGAGUUCGAAAGAUGCCAUAGGCAAACUGACCCCGAUGAAGAACUCCGAAGUGGGCGGACUCAUUCCCGUGAAUCCCGGUCAUUCGGAUCUGCCGGGGGAGGAGAUCCAAUCCGAGGAUUCCAUGUCUAUCAAGUCAUUCAUGAGUGAAGAUGGGGAUUAUGCCAAUGCUAGUAUCUUAAAGAAAACGGCCAAGUGUCCCAAGGGAGCACCUUCCACCGUCGCAUCCAGCAUCAAGUCCAGUCAGCAUAAUCAGUCCGCCAUUUCCCGCGAAGAUCUGAAGAACGCCUUAUUGUCGGUGAUGGAGCGCAAAGAAGAGCUCCAAGUGCAAUGUCAGACGUUGAAGAAGCUCCUGGCUAAUGAGUCGGGGACCGUGUUGAGCUUUAAGGAGGAGUUGGCCGAGUCCAAACGAAUCUCCCAAGAGUCCUCGGACAAGUUCAAAGUGCGCGUUCAAACCUUGAGCCGAGAGAACGACCUACUCAAGCAUCAACUCAAGAAGUACGUGGGUGCCGUGCAGAAACUCCGAGAUGGGCCCGAGGCCUACGAGACCUUGGCCCAACUUCAGACGCACGGGAGUGGUGAGACCGAGUCUGGCGGUGCCCAGAGCAAAUACAUAGACUAUCACUUUGAGGCCUCGGAGUACGAGAAGAAACUCAUUCAAGUGGCUGAGAUGCACGGCGAGCUCAUUGAGUUUAACGAGCACUUGCAGAAAGGUCUCCAAGCUCGAGACGCCCUUAUUCAUCGCAUGCGAGAGGAGCUCGUUGAUCUGAGAGGGCCCUUACCUCUAGACGAGUCCAACCACCCGAGUCAGCACGGCAACGACGAUGUGGCCAGUGUGAUCAGUGAAACGGCCUCCAUUGGGUCCACUUCCCGCGGCGGGCUCCUUCACAUUUGGAUCCCGUCCGUGUUCCUCUCCGGGUCGGGUAGCAAGACCCAUCACGUGUACCAAGUGUAUUUAAGGAUCAAGAACGAUGAGUGGAACAUAUACCGUCGCUACAGCGAAUUCCACACCCUCCAUCGGGAUCUGAAGGCCAAAGAGCCCCUCGUGGAGACGUUCGAUUUCCCACCCAAGAAGACGGUGGGCAACAAGGCCGACAAAGUGGUCGAGGAUCGCCGGAAACGUCUGCAAACCUACCUCAGGAAGAUCGUGAACCUUAUGGUUCAAACCAAUCCGUCGUUGGCCACCAAAGCCGACAAAGAGAACGUCCUCCUCCUGAUGCCGUUCUUCAAGGAGAGUGUCGCCCCGUCCUCGUCGCACCCGCGUCAAAAUCGCUCACAAAGCCAGCCCCGAUCCUUGUUCAACCGGGGAAGAUCCACCACCACCACCACGACACCACAGUUAGCCAUCUAAACUUUCGUUGGGCGAGCUUUAUACCCCGGGAGGGCUUUUGGUGAUAACUUCCAGAGCGCUGUUCCAUUAUUCCCUGAAAGUACGACGCAUGAUGCUCCCGGCUCUUUUUAAUACUCAUCAUCGUUCAUUCAUUCACAUUGUGCGGAAUUGGCGUAUCCAGUCCAUCCGAAUUCUCUUAUGUUUCUUCGUCUGUGAUAGAGCAUAUUCGCCCCCCCUCCCACACACCCACACACACAUAAUUGUCAUGAGCAACUUGGGUGAAAUUGAAUUACCAAUAAACAAGUUACAGUACAGUAGG